AAAGAUGAUAGAAAGUAAAGAGAGAGAGAGAGGGAGAGGUAUUAUUUCGUGUUCGUCCUAUUCAGAACUACCUGAGAUUGUUGGGAGAUCGAAAGAGGCGGAUUGAUUUAUAGAGGAUAGGCGUAAUCUUUGGUGCGUGAAGUCAUGAAAGGAGUGUAGAACCGUUUAAUGAAAGCAAAUGAAGAGAGAGACUCAAAUUCACCAUAAAUUGUUAUUGAACUCCACAACUUUCCACAGAUAGAACCAAAGACUAACAGACGGGUACAGCAGGACACUGUGCCCGUCCAAGACAACGAUGGCCAAGCCAACAAUAGUGCUCUGUUUUCCCCAGUCGACUACACCUCGUUAUGCGUACCCAAGGACUACUGCAUCUACGGUAACCAUGGCAAAAAAUUAGACAAGAUGGCGAAGGAGGACCGGGAGGCGGUGCUUUCGAAACGAGGGGUGUGGCCCAGUGACGAGGCAAUCGAAUAUCAAUUCACGUUCGUCGAGAUGAUGAAAGGCAUCGACGCCGAGAACGAAAGAGAAGUCGAUGGUAACCUGGAAUCAAUGUCGAGAUUGAGAGACUGCGAUGGUGGUUACGGCGAUGAAAGUCACGACGAAUCUAGUGAUGAAGAUGAUGACGAGAGCAUGACGAUCAGUUUUGAGGUUGGGCCAUCGAAGAUCAACCGCUACCCUGAUCGACCCUCUCAUUACAUAUCCAAUGACAUAGUGGAUAACCUUUCGGAUUUUAUGCAAGAGGGUGAGGACAAACAGGCAACAAGUCCUCUAUCAUCCCCAUCGCACAGCGACCAAUGGAACACUGAUGCACCCCUUCCCCAAUCGUCGCCUGUAUUAAUAUCAGCCCCUCAUCGCCGGCGUUGCACCCCUCCUCCUCCUCCUCCUCCUCCCCCUCCCUACCACAUCAUCUACCAGAACGGUCACCCAGAAGCCCUUCCUCCGAUUGUGGAUGCACCCCCGGAGGUCCAUCAGUUCAAUCACCAGAUGAUGGUGAUGAUGGGGGCUGCCAAUGGUGCCAGGGAACCAGGGUAUCCACACCAGUGGCAGGAUAGGAGACAGUAUCAGAGUCCAGCUCCAUCUCAAAAUCGAGUCCCUCCUUAUACAGUUAGAUCGAACUAUAGAAGCGGUCAGCGAUUCGGAGGUGGAUACGAUCGAAGAAAUAACCAUCAUCAAAACCGUAAUCAAUUUACCACUUCAAAGCAACAAACGCCUCCUCCGAAUGAGAGAUACCAGCAUCAGCAUCAGUCACGACCACGCCCAACUCCUGUUCCUUACAAUCCCAGCCGCCAAUCAGCGAGCUACGAUGUGGCUCCUCCCCCACCAUGCAGACAAGGGGAUAGAUGGGACACAUCUAUCCGCCAAUCACAUCAAUUUAGGCAAGAAUGGGGCGGGUCUACGCAUCAGUUUGGAUCCUCCUACCACCACAACCACCAGCAACAUCACCAGCAACAUCACCAGCAACAUCACCAGCAACAUCACCAGCAACACCACCACUACGUUGACCGCAAUAAUAACAAUAGACGCCAGAGAUAGCAUGAUCACUUCUUUGACAUGUCAUUUUAUAUUAUGUUAUAGGAUCACGUAUUCUUUACUGCAAGCUCAUUAUGCGUUGCAGGUUAUUGCACAUUGCGUUCAGGAUAAUGGUUCAAAUAAAAAAUAAGUACAAUUAUCAUACCUCCGAGCAAAAAAAUAUUACAAACGAAUUAUUGUAAUCUUUAUUAACAUACCUGUCAAUGUUCAGGAGAAGUUCUGAUUGUUGAGUUUGCAUGAAAUAGUAUUGAUUAGUGAAUUUUACAGCAAUAACGGUGAAAUAUUAUAAUAUUUAAUGAAAUUAAACAUGAAUAUAUUUUAGGGGAACAAUUAAAAAACAAAGAAACAAAUACCGCGAUUGCUUGAUAACACUAUCCCCAACAACGGAAUUAGAUGACAAAAUCGGAUAUCGAAGCCUGGUUUUGUAUAUUAUGUAAGACACUGAUUGGCACGCAGCCAUAUGUAUCUAUUCAUGAUCAGUUUCAAUUCACAUUGCAUUUGUUGAAAAAAUAUGAUUUUGCAAUUUAAAAAAAAAUGGUACAUUAAAAUUGUGAAAUGUC